AUGAAUCCUGUCGGUUCUUCUUCUUCUUCACCACUGCUGAUAUCAUUACCAAAUACUCCAUCCAAAUCCUUGGCAAACAGUUGGCACAGCACAUCAGACUACUUUUCAAUCAAGCCCCAAUUAUCACUAGAGAUCAAUACUUUACAAGAUCUACUGUCAAACAAAAGCAAUCGUGGCAGCCAUAAUGGCCACGAAGCUGACUCAGAACAAGAAGCAGAUAAUGAUGAUGAUGAUGACGAUGCGGAAAGCGUUGACGUGAGUGACGUGAUGGAAACUUUUGAUAAUAUUUCAAUACAAGGUGAAGACGACGUGUACUAUAGUCCUAUAACGCCAUUUGAUAGCUCAGCCAUACCGUCCAAGUCAAACUCCCUAAUAAGAAAGAGCUCGAUCUUACGCCCCAGUGCUCGGGAUAUACAACAAGUGGAGUCAAUAAUUGAAUCCAUUGAAGCAAAAGAACAAACACAAUUAACCAUAAAAUCUGAAUCAGCAUCGUCAAAGUUCCACUUGUCGAUGCCAAAUUUAAAUCCAUACAAGUUUCUUAUAGUUGACGACAACAUAAUCAAUCUCAAAAUACUUAACCGUAUUUUACUCAAACUAUAUCCUAAAGCUGCCAUAAUUCAGAUACUGGAUUCAACGAAAGUUGAACAGAUUGUUUCUGAACAAUCAUUUGAUUCCAUCUUUAUUGACAUUGAAAUGCCACAUGUGUCAGGAAUAGAUAUUGCACAAUUUGUACGCAAGGACCCACAAUUUGAUACCACUAGUUUAAUUGCAGUGACAACAAGAAAUACUCCUCAAGAUUUACAAUUGUUUAAACAAGUUGGUAUUGAUUAUACUUUUGGCAAGCCUUUAAACUAUAAAUUGGACUUUAUGGCAGAGACAAUUGAUGGAAUCAUGAUGCUGAGGAAAAAUCACACCAAUCCACAAAGUAGGAAUCUAUCUACUUCAUCUAAAGCUACGUGCUCAACUGCAGCAACUGUAUCUACUGCUACAACUGCAACCACAGCAACAACAACGGUUGAUUUUAUGGAUUUAACUGCUGUACAUUCAGUUAGUUCCAUUUCAUCUACUGACUCUUAUACCCUUUUCGAAUCUAAGAAAGAGGUCACUCAUGGACUAUUAGUCGAUUAG